AUGUCUCGGCAGAAACUGUCGGCAGGAGGGUCGCUGCCUGCUCAAGCCGCUCGGCCGCCCGAGCACAUGGUGCCGAGGGCCCCGCGGAGGACUCCCAGCUACCUCUCCGACCUCUACCAGAACAUGCUGCGGGAAGAAGAGGCCCGGAGCACAGAGAGGAGGCGGAACCAGCAUGGCGGCAGCAGCACCAGCCUCCCGAGUGUCUCCGUCUCCGAGGAGAUGCAGCAGAGGCAUCCUCAGAACGCCGCGGUGGCAAGCUGUGACCCGCACCUUAGGCCCAUCAUGCGCCGCCGGGCCAGGUCCUUGCCCAGCUCUCCGGAGAGGAGGAGGAGUAUGAUGGCGCCGUGCCGCGUCCCGGGGUGCAGCACCCGCCGGAACAAAGUGCGCUUUGCCGAUGCUCUGGGCCUGGAUCUGGCCGAGGUGAAAGUGUUCCAGGUCGGGGAAGAUCCGUCCAUCCCUCUGCACGUUCUCUCCAGGCUGUCCAUCAAUUCCGACCUUUGCUGCAGCAGGCUGGACCUGGAGUUCACCAUGCAGUGCCUGGUGCCCGACUUCCAGCAGCCUGUGGACUGUGAGGACUUCCACAGCCGCCUGCAGCGGCAGCUGGUGUGCCUCGAGCGGGUCACCAGCUCAGAUCUGGGUCUGAGCGGCACCGUCCAAGUGGUCAACCUGGCCUUUGAGAAGCAGGUGGCUGUGAGAUACACCUUCAACCGUUGGAGGGGUCAGCACGAAGUCAGUGCCCAGUGGCACAGCAGCGUUCCUGGGAAGGGGGGUCAGGCCCAGGCGGAUGUCUUCACGUUCUUCCUUCCCGUGGCGCCGUUCCUCCUCCAGCUGAGCUCAGUGGUUGAGUUUGCUGUACUGUACCGAGUCAACGGGCAGGAGUACUGGGAUAACAACCGAGGGAAGAACUUCGCCCUCACCUGCCGGAGUCACCCACUCAAGAUGCCCAGGGAAUGUGAAGAGAGCUGGAUUCACUUCAUCUAAGCAAAGCAAGGAGAUGGAAAGAGCUAUUUGCAGUUCUCCAGCCCUGUCCUCCUUUGGCAUUUCUCUCCUUCCAGAGGCACCAAAGAAACCCUUCGGAAUGGCACAGAUCCUUCAAAAUAAAAGAGUAACAAGUGAUCGGCACAAAAGCUAUUUAUAGAAGAGAGUUAAAGGAUAAAGGGCUAUAGCCUACACUGAGUUGCAACCAAAUGCAUAAAUCACUGGGGAAAAGGCACUGUCAGGAGAUCCGAGCCGAUUUCUUUUAUUGCUUUGAAUCAAUUCUUGCAGCAGACUAUGAAAUAUAUAUUAGGGUAUUUUCAAUCAUACAAAUUAUUUUCCCCACUUUUUGACACUGGCUAUCAUAUUGCACUUCAGUCAAUGCACUUUUGCACUUUUUUGUUUUGUAAGUAUUGCUCUUGCUGCUUUACAGCAGAAAAAUGUCUGCACUGGUCAAAGACACUGCAGGGUCUUGGCUGCAAAAGGGAUGUUAAUAAAUACAACUGAUGUUUAAAUAGAAAUAUAUUUUUACAUUGUAUUUUAUAACGCACACCUGGCAGUGUCUCUAUAUUAGGCAUUUUGAGUUCCUAAAAAGGAUUGUUUGUAAGUGGACCGCUUGUUGUGAAAGAAAGACAAACUGUGGCUUUGUUUUUUGCUGGAAAAUCCCUCCAUUUUAAAAUCAGAACAGAUUUGUGGGAAGGAACAACAGCCUAUGCAGAGCUGCUUCUUUCCUUGCUUGCUUUAUUUCACAGAACAGUUUUCCACCUUAGUAAUAUAUGCCAUCUGAGGAUAACGGACUCCUGAUCAAAUCCUUAUCAUGCAGUAUUGCUGGAAUAUAAGAUAUAGGAAUGCGGUUCAUCUAUACAGCUAAGACAGCCAAUAUUUGUAAAAGAGAAAUAAUGCUGAACUUUACAAAAGUAAAACAUUCUCUGAAAUGCUUAGAUAUAACGCGGAUGAUGGCAUCACAGUUGCUGAUAAACCGCAGUUGAAUAUUGGGAAUGUUUCGAUUCAGGAUAUAUGUAUGCGCUUAGGCUGCAAGAGGCCUUGGAUUCAAAUUCCAAACCAGCCAUGGUGCUUCGCCCUUGAAUGCAGGAUUAUUCCAACACCCUCCCCCCAAGAAAAAUGGUCAGAGGGGUGGUUGAUCUGGAUCAGUAAGCAUGGGGGGCACAGGAAGAUUCUGCACAGUCCAUCUGCCGCCAUGCUAAGGUCUCAGUCCAUCCCAGUGCCUCAAACACUGCCCAUUUUUGUUAGUGGGAAACCUUACAUUUGGGGCAGAACUCUGUUGGGCUGUAGAUACAUAUAAAGCAUGUGUCUUCCUCCAAAGGAUCCUGGGAACUGUAGCUUGUUAAAGGGGCUGGGAAUUGUAGCUCUGUGAAGGAGAAGUUACAAAUACUAGGCUUCUUUGAGGGAAAGCCGUGUGUAUGGUGUUCAGCCCCACGGGGUCCUUUGGAAAAGUGCUGAGAGAACUUCUUUAUGCAAUUCUAGUAUGAAUGUAUAAAGUUAAAAGCUGUGAUUGAGGAUAGGAUCGUAUGUCCAUGUGCCAUGUUUCUGCUGCAGUUUAUAUACAUGUGUGUUAGGGCGAUUUCCUGUCAUAUGUUUAGGCACCUAUAUGUGCUGUUAACAGCAAGCUACUUCGAGAAGCCCACCAUUACUGGCAAUGCUAAUGAUGAUGAUGAUUCAGAUAGAUCUGCACUUCUGUGCAUGGUAGGACUAAGCGUAGCCCUCAGCUGGAGAUGUGCCAUGAACAUAGGACACUGGAACAGAUCAUAAACCAAAUAUCUAAUAUUAACUAGGCCACACCUGAGCACUGAGUAUCAGUGCAAAUGAUAUCGGGGGAAACCAAAACCUCACUCCCCUAUUUUGCCUUGUAUUGUUGUAGCUGUAUGCAAAGCAGUAGCAUAGCUCAGUCGGUUAGAUCAUGGCGCUGAUAAUUCCAAGGUUGCAGGUUUGAUCCCCCGUAAGGGGCAGCUGUAUAUUCCGACAUUGCAGGGGGUUGGACUAGAUCAGGGGAUUCCCAAACUUGGGUCUUGGGCUGUUUUUGGGCUACAACUCCCAUCAUCCCUAGCUAGCGGGACCAGUGGUCAGGGAUGAUGGGAAGUGUAGUCCGCACCUGGAGACCCAGGUUUGGGGAAUCCUGGACUCGAUGAUCAUUAUGGUCCUUUCCAACUCUUACGAUUCUGAGUUGGCCACUUGGUCAUUUAUUUAGCAGUGUUUACACUUACUGGCUUGGGCUCUCCAGGGUUUCACGCAAGCGUUGUCCUAGCUCUCCUUGAACCUGGGACCUUCUGUGUGAAAAAGAUGGGCUCUGCACUGAGUUUUGGAGCAUGUUCACUUUGUUCCUACAUGACGAAGGUCUUUGGUUUCAAGUUUCCUGUAUUUUGGAAUGGGCCUGGGCCUUGGGAAACCUGAGGGCAGCUAUAUGGCAGUGCAUUCCAGGCAUGGAGGCUGGAAGGGAUCCCAGAGACCCAGAGUAGAAACUCAUCUCAGCUGUACAUUUGCUUCCGUGCUGGAGGUUUUCCCAAGGGGUCAUCCUUCAGAAACCGGAGCCCCCUUUGAAGGGUCUGGCAGGCAUUAAAGGAGCGUGGAGUAGUGGAAAAUCUAUUCCUUAUUGGUGACUAAGCCAACAAGGACGUUCGUUUGUCUUGUUUAUUAACUAAGCAGUAAGCAGGUUGUGGAGAUUUUAACCAAAUCUAAUGGAGUUUCCCUGUGGAGUUCAGUAGAAGUUCAGCAAACUCACACCAUGUAUGGGUCCUUAUGCAAACAACAUCCCUGUAGAGAGGAAGCUUGGGGGAAGCCUGAGGUUUACAGAAGUACAAAAAAAUCUUUAUGGGAAAAAAACAAUAGGGGGAGGGGGAAGCACAGCCCACUGACAACUGAGCAUCCUCUGUGAGCAUAAAAUGCUGGUCAAUAGUUGGGUUUU